UUGACACUUUUCUAAAUUAAGAUUUAGAAGAAAUGGAAAACAGAAAAUUGCUGAGAAGAUUUUAAUAUUUGGAUUUACUGUUCAGUAUGGGAAAUGGAUGCUCAGGAGGGGAUAUGACCCCAGAUCCUAGCCCAAAAAGAAGACGAUACAGCAUAAUAAGAAAUCGAGCACCUUCGGUCACUUCGGCAGAGAUGAAACGACAACUUAUGAGAACAGAACUAGAGGAGGCAGAGCAUAGAAAAAAAAUAGCGGAGGAAAUGAAAAAUGAGUUUGCCAAGGAUAGGGCAAAACUUAAACAGGAAAUGCACACUGAAAUGAUAGCAGAAAGAGAGAGAGCCAAAGUACAAACUGAUGUCAGUGAAGAGGGUCAAGUUGAUUCUCGAGGAAAUCGAAUAAAAAACCAAAGAAUAGACUGGAAUAAACCAGAAUCUAAAAGAAUACAAGUUGUUGUUCGAACCAGACCAUUAAAUGUUCGUGAAAUCAAGGAGGAAGCAAAAGAUAUUCUUUACAUGGAUGAAAUCAACAAUGAAUGUACUCUCUUGUGUCCUCCAGCAAAACAACAGAAUGGAAGUGCAAGAAAAUCUGUUACAUUUGUAUUUGAUCGUGUCUACAAUGCUUCAACUACUACAGCACAAAUAUACAAUGAAAUUCCAUACUCAUUGGUUCAGAGCUUUCUAGAAGGGUACAAUUCUACUGUACUGGCCUAUGGACAGACCGGUUCCGGAAAAUCAUUUACAAUGCAGGAAGACCCAGAUCAUAUAGGAAUCAUACCGCGUGCAAUAGUUCAUAUUUUUGAAGGAAAAGAGGCCGACGAAGAUCAGGAUACGACCUAUGAUGUGAGAGUUUCAUAUUUAGAAAUAUAUAAUGAAGAAAUAAGGGAUAUUCUUAGCGAAGAUCCAACACAAAAAUUAGAAAUUAAGGGGGAGAAGGUGGAAGGACUGACAAUACAUCCUGUGGAUUCUAUAUCCUCAUGUGCUCACUAUAUGAGAGUUGGACUUGCAAACAGAGUUACCUCCGCAACAACGAUGAACUCUCAUUCUUCUAGAUCUCACGCUAUUUUUACAGUGUACAUGAGAGUAGUGUACACUGAUCCACUAGGACACCAACAUCAUAGAAAAGCCAAAUUGAACCUGGUUGACUUGGCUGGGAGUGAACGUCAUGGAAAGACUGGUAACGUAUUUUUUUGCCACAAACUCUGA